AUAUUUGUAGGCCGAAAGAGCGAAAUACAUAUUUCGUUUUUCAUUUUUAAUACAGAAUUUUAAUUUAUUUUUAGAAAAAAUCAAAUAUGCGUCUAUUUCGUUGGAUCGCAUACUCAAAAAGAAACUCAUACGUGUACGAGAUAGUCGCACGCUGCGGUUGUGUUAAAUUUGUAACGACAAAAUUUACAGAAUAUUGUUGUGGAUGAAAAAAGUUCGAUAGGAAAUAACAAUAAUUCAAUUAUAUAUUGAACGAGUUCAUAGGCGAAUUGUAGUAUGUUUUGGAAACCACUUUAAAGGUGUUAGUCCUCCAUGAACUGUGUCUUAUCGUGUGUGGAAAAGUGAGGACAUUCUAUACGCUGGUGACACUGUUGAAAAUGUGUUCAUUGUCUGCGUUGAAGUGUCCGCUUUGUGCGCAGACAAAUUUUCCCAAUAUCGACGCCUUACGUGUCAGUUUAAUUAAGGCCGCAAAUGGACCAUUGGCCUGUCCCAUAUGUCAUGAGCUGUUUUUAGGUUUGGACAAGUUGACCAUACAUCUAUUCAGUCAUACCACUGUCAUAAUGACCGAAACGUCAAAAGAGACCGUCGCCAUAGCAGACACCAAACGAACAGAACAAUCAGUGAAAAAGAUCGAGAAUAAAUUAGAAGCAGAAGAGACAAGAAUUUCCACUGUAGCGGCAAUGAAAUGUGCUAGUAAGGAAAAGAAAACAAAGAAGGCACGACAGCUAGUCGAGGAUACAACGAAGACGGCGCAAAGCGAUAACGGAAAUACUUCAUUUAGUACGCAAGUCGUUGAUAGUACGAGCAGCCUUAUUGCUAAUGCGCCGGCUGCUAAGCUUUCUACUUGUGAUAUUUGUGAGUUUACAUUUCGUGAUGAGGAAUUGCGUGAUAUGCAUUUUCGUCUAGUACAUCAGAAUGUCAAUAACAACAGCGGUGAACUUACAGCGAGCACCGCCUGCUCCACAGAGCCCGAUUUCAAAUGUCAUCUUUGUUCGAAGACCUUCAAAAUGAAAGGUUCGCUUCGCGUACAUCUGAAAGUAGUCCAUCUAAUGUGUCUACCAUAUACUGGCAAUAGCCCUAAAUUGAGCAUCUGCGAUCGUAUACGUUAUAAGGAAACGAAGUUGGGAACCACUGCCAACAAGAGUUCUACCAGCGUAGCGCAACCCACCCCGUUGAAAGUAGAAAAUAACGGCGCGCAAUUACUCCAUUCAACAGUAAAGCAGCCAUUAUCGCAGCACCAAUUAACGUUCACCGCGAAUGCGUCACAGUCGUCGGCGCAGGUGCCUAGCGGCUUCACAUUCGGUACAUUGACUUUAUUGCCGGCGCCAACGGUUGCGGCGAGUGCGUCAGGGAACUUAUUAAAUUUAAAUAAUAACGGUGAAUUACUACAUGCUGUGGACGGCGCGGCGUUGAAUUCAAAUGUACUCUUAGUAAUCAACACAAAUUCCACGACAGUGCCCGGUGGCGAGAAGUCGUCGGUUGUUGCCGGUGGCACCAGCAUAUCCAAUGUAUUGAUAAAUGGUGGCAAGGAGUUAAUGGAUCAGCAGAGUAAAAACACAGCAGAAAAUAAUAAAUUGUGGAAGUGUAAUGAGUGCGCAAAAACAUUUACCACAAAAUACUUUCUGAAAAAGCACAAACGCUUGCAUACGGGUGAGAUGCCGUAUACUUGUGAGAUUUGUGCGCGAACCUUUACUUUUCAACAGUCAUAUCACAAACAUCUACUCUAUCAUAGUAAUGAAAAGCCGCAUGUUUGCGCAACUUGUGGACGUGCUUUCAAGGAGCUGUCAACUCUACACAACCACGAACGAAUACACAGUGGUGAGAAACCCUUUAAGUGUGAAGUGUGCGGUAAAUGCUUCCGACAACGCGUUUCUUUUUUGGUGCAUACCCGCAUCCAUACAGGCAUUAUGCCCUACAAAUGUGAGGUGUGCCAGAAAAGCUUCCGCUAUAAGGUCUCACAACGAACACACAAAUGCCAACCAGCACAAUGCGCCGCAGAUGAUGCUGUGGAAGAUGCCACACUUGGCAAUAAAGAGGGCAAUAAUAUGGACAAGCAGGCGCUCGAACAAACUACCGAUGAUAUAUCGGAGAAUUUCAUUAAAGAAUUUUUGGAGAAUACUCGCGUGAACAUAAGCGAUACACAAAACUCCCCAGCCAGCGCGGAAAUUGCUGCGAUAAGCGCUGCUAACGAUUGUAACGGGAACGUCGAUGAGGCACUACUCACCAAAGCUAUCGAUGAUAUUAUCGUUGAAUCGUGCAAUAAAAUGGGUAUUGGUAAUCAGGGUGCCGGUAGUCAGCAUUUACCAUCCACACAUAUGCAUACUUCUAUGGGUCCGCCAGCGGCCUGUAGUAAUGAUUGCAACUCCCCAACUCAGAAAUUACAAAACAUGCGCCUUUAUUCACCACAGCUAAUGACAGACAUGGUCGAAGGUGUUAGUGAUAAUGUCGAUAAUAUAUUUCCACGAUUUCUACUAGACGAUGGCGGAAACAAUAUGCUUUGAAAACUCGAGCCGUGUUAGGCAGUACUUCAGUAUAUUUUUUUGAUACAAAAAUUAUUAGUCUUCGAUUAUACACUUCUUUGCUCGCUAAGAUCUCUUGACAAAAACUUUAUAUAUAAAAGCGGCGGCAAAGUUGUCUAUCAUUAAAGUUGAAUAGCUUCUUCAUAUUUUUACCGCAAUUUGAUUCUGCCAUUUAAUUUGUUUUAUACCAAUUGUUUAUUUGAUUCGCCACUCUGCAAGCUUUGCCGAGAGUCAAAGUCAGCUAUUUUUUAAUGAAAAACUAUGUUCGCAUUGUAAGAAGUGCAGUGAUAAUUGUUUAUAAAUAUAGUUAAUAAUCCUACAAUAAUAAAUUUGUUUUUAAAA